CUCUAUAAACACCAUCCCCUCAUUUCAAUCCCACCCUGCAAAUAUAAAUUCCAAAAACCCUUCUUCCCUCCUCUCUUUCUUUUUCUCUCUCUAAAAAACGCCAAGUACUCCUCUCUCUCUAUCUCUUUCCUAAAAAAUCAGUCGUUGGUUUUCUGUAUUCGAUUAGAGACGAUGUCGUUGAGGCCGAGCGCGAGGACGGAGGUGAGGAGGAACAAGUACAAAGUGGCGGUGGAUGCGGAGGAAGGGAGGAGGAGGAGAGAAGAAAAUAUAAUUGAGAUCCGUAAGAAUAAGAGAGAAGAGAACUUACAGAAGAAGCGACGUGAAGGACUUCAAGCUGCUCAACAGCAACAACUUACUUCUUCCUUCGCUAAUGCCACUAUUGAUAAGAAGUUGGAAAGUCUUCCUGCAAUGGUUGCAGGUGUUUGGUCAGAAGACAAGAAUGCACAGCUCGAGGCAACCACUCAUUUCCGAAAGCUGCUCUCAAUAGAACGGAGUCCCCCAAUCAAUGAAGUUGUACAAUCCGGCGUUGUUCCUCGUUUCAUUGAGUUCCUCGCAAGGGAUGAUUUUCCACAACUCCAGUUUGAGGCUGCGUGGGCUCUUACAAAUAUUGCCUCUGGCACAUCCGAAAAUACCAAGGUUGUAAUUGAUCAUGGGGCUGUCCCUAUUUUUAUUAAGCUUUUAAGUUCGCCAACUGAUGAUGUCAGGGAACAGGCUGUCUGGGCAUUAGGAAAUAUUGCUGGUGAUUCACCUAAGUGUCGCGAUUUUGUCCUUGGCCAUGGGGCCUUGAUGCCAUUGCUUGCACAGUUCAAUGAACAUGCAAAGCUUUCUAUGUUGAGAAAUGCAACUUGGACGUUAUCUAACUUUUGCAGGGGAAAGCCACAACCUUCAUUUGAGCAGACAAAGCCUGCUCUCCCAGCUCUUGAACGCCUUAUACAUUCAAAUGACGAGGAAGUUCUUACAGAUGCAUGCUGGGCAUUGUCUUAUCUCUCAGACGGAACCAAUGACAAAAUCCAAGCUGUUAUUGAGGCAGGUGUCUGCCCUCGACUUGUUGAACUUUUACUUCAUCCAUCUCCAACGGUGCUGAUUCCUGCUCUACGUACAGUUGGAAAUAUUGUUACUGGUGAUGAUAUGCAGACACAGUGUAUGAUAAACCAUCAAGCGCUUCCAUGUCUUUUGAACCUCCUGACACAUAAUUAUAAGAAGAGCAUCAAGAAAGAAGCUUGCUGGACAAUCUCAAACAUUACAGCUGGAAAUGUAAAUCAAAUUCAGGCUAUAAUUGAUGCCGAUCUCAUCGGUCCUCUCAUUCAACUACUUCAGAUUGCUGAAUUUGAGAUUAAGAAAGAGGCUGCUUGGGCAAUUUCAAAUGCUACUUCUGGUGGCACCCAUGAACAAAUCAAGUACUUGGUGAGCCAGGGGUGCAUCAAACCAUUGUGUGAUCUCCUAAUCUGCCCUGACCCCAGGAUAGUGACAGUUUGCUUGGAAGGGCUUGAGAACAUUCUGAAGGUUGGCGAAGCUGAGAAAAAUUUGGGCAACACUGGAGAUGCAAAUUUGUAUGCCCAAAUGAUUGAUGAAGCUGAGGGAUUAGAAAAGAUUGAGAAUCUUCAGAGUCAUGACAACAAUGACAUAUAUGAGAAAGCAGUGAAGAUUCUCGAGACGUACUGGCUGGAGGAGGAUGAAGACGAAGCAUUGGCUCCAGCUGAUGCUUCCCAAUCAGGAUUUCACUUUGGAGGCAAUGAAGUUCCUGCGCCUUCUGGUGGAUUUAAGUUUGGUUAAGAAUAUUAGAUGACUGGUGGAAUGAAGCUGAGAGUCCAGGUUCCUGUUUUGGUUGGAUGGUGCAAGCAUUUUAUCAUUUCUCCUAAUUUGGUCCACAUCCAGAUGCAAUUGAAUAAAGCAGGUUAUCACGCCAAGAGUUUCAUCAAAUGGUUAAUACUUGUCGCAGAUCAUUGACAUUGCUGGUGGAGAUUACACAAACAAUAGAGUCCUUUUGUUUUCUUUUUUUAAAAUCUUCUGUCAUUUUUUUUUUUUUUUUCCUCUAGUUUUUGAUUCCAUGGAUGGACAUGUGAGGCUGCCCAUCGCAACCUGCAUGCAUUAUUCCUUGUUUACUCAAUUAUAGGAAUAGAGGCUAAAAGUGCUAAAAUACUCUGCUUCCCAGAGGUCGUUGAACGACAAAUUUGGAUCUCAAAAUUUUGUCUUUCUUGAUUGGAAAGGUGUAUCAAAGUUUUAGUUUGGAGUACAAUAAUUUUUUUGGUUGGUCUAUUA